GAAGGCAGACUCUGAUGGUCAAUCGGGCGCCGCGCACCGCAGCAGUGACGCGUCACUGCACCCCUGUUUUCGAGUUGCACGUGUUUCUUUCCUCUUCACCGACGCUCACGUUCAAUUGUCCUCUUCUCGUUUCCUUGGUCAGUUUGCCGCGAUAACGACCGAUAAACACCGUAAACGAGACGCCCACCCGAAACAUUGAAGUAACCACUGUUGAUGGUAGAGAGCGGCGUUGUUCUCGUGACGUAGUCAUUCUAUCACGUUCUGUCGAAUCUUGUCCUCGAUCGCUGACCACGAAUCUCCGUGUUUUCGUGAACGGCGAAUUGCCGUCAUCAUCGUCGUGAACCUCGACGUUACUGUGCCAGAGAAGCGUUCUUUGUUUAGAUCCAUUUGCAAUAACAUUAUAGUGGUGGAUUCUGUUACGAACACGCGCCACUUUCGUUUUUAAACUGUGUAAAUUCUCAGUGAUCAGUGAGUCCGUUUUCAACGAAGAUCUAACGCUCUGUUUCCAACGAAGUCGUGGCGAAUCGAGCCGCUCGAAUAGUAUCGCUGGUCGAGCUGAGUUCGAAAAGUGUUGUGAACAUCCCGCGAAAACACGUAGCUGCGGAUUGUGCUUUUAGCUAGUGACUGGAUCCGGCCUGACCACGGCCAUUCUCGACACGCAUUGUGUUAGCGUGGCCGGAGGUGGCGGCGGUGGCGGAGGCGGCGGCGGAGGAGGCGGUGGAGGUGGUGGCACGGUCGGCGGCGGUCGACUGAACCUGCACCUUCGUCCUUGCGGAGGCGGCGGUGGCGGUGGCGGCAUCGCCGAAAGUGACAGCGCUUCGGAUUACCCGCCAAGUGCUACGGCAGCGAGGAGCAGGGAAGCGGCGGCGGCGGCGCUGCACGCGGCAAGAACCCUGUUGGGCGCGGGGGUGGCUAACCCUUGCUCGCCCACCCCCGAACCGCCCUUCUGGAAGAUGCCACAUAAAGAGGAGGACUUGAUGCACGGGGGUGGUGCGGGUAUUGGCGGGGGUUCUAUGGUCGGACAGAACUCAAUAUUUGGGUGCUCGGCUGCAGGACACAGCGGGGUUAACCAGCUUGGCGGUGUUUACGUCAAUGGCCGACCAUUACCAGACUCUACAAGACAGAAGAUCGUUGAACUGGCCCACAGUGGUGCUAGACCAUGCGACAUCUCGCGUAUACUGCAAGUCAGCAAUGGCUGCGUCUCCAAGAUACUAGGCAGGUACUACGAGACCGGUUCAAUUAAACCACGUGCAAUUGGCGGUAGCAAGCCACGUGUGGCGACCACGCCGGUGGUGAACAAAAUCGCCGACUAUAAACGGGAGUGUCCAUCGAUUUUCGCUUGGGAGAUUCGCGAUCGACUUUUGCAAGAGGGUGUUUGCAACAACGACAACAUACCGAGUGUGUCGUCCAUCAACAGGGUGCUGAGGAACCUCGCCUCGCAGAAGGAGCAACAGGCGGCGGCAGUGCAAGCGCAUCAGGGUGCCGAGAGCGUGUACGAUAAGCUACGGAUGUUCAAUGGGCAGGCUGCAGGUUGGCCACCGGCUUGGUAUUCCGCUACGCCCUCUCAUCAUCCCUUGGCCACGGGGAUCCCGACGGCGGCGACCCCGGCCUCUGGCCAGUCGCUUCUACCCGGCAGCCAGCUUCACGGCCGCGACGAUUCCCUUCUCAAACGAAGCGACACGGGCUCGUUGUUGUCGCAUCAGCAAGAGGCUACGUCGGAUGGGAAUUCGGAGCACAACUCGUCAGGCGACGAGGAUUCGCAGGUACGGCUGAGGUUAAAACGGAAGUUGCAGCGCAAUCGAACAUCCUUCUCCAACGAGCAGAUCGACAGCCUCGAGAAAGAAUUCGAGCGGACACAUUACCCGGACGUGUUUGCACGGGAGCGUCUCGCCGAGAAGAUUGGAUUGCCCGAGGCACGUAUCCAGGUGUGGUUCAGUAAUCGCAGGGCGAAGUGGCGUCGAGAGGAGAAAUUACGGAACCAAAGGAGGGCGGCCGUCGAUCAGGUGGUCGGCGGUGGCAGCAGCGGGGGUGGAAGCAGCACCGCGCCCCCCGCCGCGACCCCCGCCACGCCACGGCUACCCUUAAACGCCGGAUUCAACGCCAUGUACUCGUCGAUACCGCAGCCGAUCGCUACGAUGCCCGACACUUACAGCUCGAUGUCGAGCAGCUUGGGCGGGUCAAUGGGUGGAAGCUGUCUUCAGCAGCGCGCCGAGGGAUAUCCGGCGUACGUGUUCCACGAGCCCCUUCACUCGCUGACGCAGUCUUACUCCCACGCACACAGCACUGCUGCGCAUUCGCAACCCCAUCGCGGUAUACCGACCUCUCAUGGUGGAACCCCCACCACGCCGGGAGGACAGCCUGCAGGACCAGGUGGUGCGCCCUACCAACCAACGACCUCGACCGCCACUGGCGUGAUAUCGGCGGGCGUCUCGGUCCCUGUCCAGAUCCCGUCUCAGACUCCAGACCUGACGGGCAACUAUUGGCCGAGGCUCCAGUGAUCCCAGCUCUUCGGGUUCCCGCCCGCGAGCCUGCUCGUCGGCCAGGAGAGCCCGCCGCCACCGACAGCCACCCCCGGCGCAGUGUCCCGGCCGCUGCUCGCAUCCCUCGGGAUACCGACGCAGCCGGUGGCCCAGCAUCAACCGGCCAACACGCCGGCCACCACCCCCGUGCACACGUCGGACACCAGUGAGUGAAAAACCGCUCUCCGCCACUCGAAAUCCCUCUCUCUCUCUCUCUCUCUCUCUCUCUCUACGCGCUUUCUUCGCCAGAGAUGAACGAACGCGAAAAGUAGGCGGCCAACGGCGUACGACGAAUCGCCGACCACGAUCACUGUGAUGCGCUGUUUCGGCGCGGGAUGAUCGAACAGAAUCCAAGAGGAUGUCGUCGUGUAUCGAGCAGGCUGGUGGACCUUUCUCUCUCUCUCUCUCUAAGAUUUUGAUCUUGGUUUCUUUUUUUUUUCCAUCUCUCGCGUAGCUCGUUUUCGUUCGAGUUUUUUUGGGAGGGGGAGGGGGAGGGGGGGUUGGUUUCGAUCCCCCGAUUGUUGGUUUAAUUUUGGAGAUUUAAAUUUAAAGGAGGAGAGACACGGAUAAUUUGAUUAAAAUUGGAAUCUUGGAAUCUCUGAGCGAUGGAUUUAGAAUUUCAAGAUUUUGAUGAAAAUAUAUUCCAUUCGAGUUGUUUCGUUUUUAUAAUUGUUUAUAUUCGUUCGUUCUUUCGCUGUAAUCGGAGAGAAGUUAUAGAAAUUUUCCAAGUUUUACGAUGAGUUGCAAGAUCGAGGGAACAAAGUGUCUAACUCAACAAUUUUGCACAAUUUAUAAUCCUCAUAAUUAUUUCAUUUCACCGAAAAAUCCAUGGAAUUUUGAAAAGAUCCUACAUUCGAUAAAAUCGCAGCGAAAGUGAACGAAUCGUGUAACCUGUUAUAAGGGUAGGGCGCAACAGGAGUUUGGAAAAGAGAAUAAAGGUUAACGAGUCCCACGCUUUAAUUCGAUUAAUUACUCGUUGGAGGCUUGCCAAAUCUCGAUAACUAGCGGACACUGUUGAUAGCUAUUUUCGGGGAAACAAGAAUCGCGUAUCCUCGUUCAAUUCUUUAUCCAUCCUCUUCGACAAACAUCCUCGCGAUUCAUCAAUCCGUGAUUACAUUCUUCAUUUUUCGUCAAAUCAUUUCCGUGCGUUUUAACAAUACGUGGCCCUCCUCCUCCCCUCUAAAACAAAACUACUUUUACUUUGCACAAAUUUCGUACAACGAAUUUCUAUUUUUAUUCUUCGUAAUUUUUAAACAAAAUUUCAAACUAUUUUUCUUUGCACAAAUUUCGUACAACGAAACUUCUUUUUUCUUUUUCAACAACGAACGAUUCGUUUUGUUUCAUGGAUCACUUCUCCUCGUAAAUUUUCGAACGUUCAUUCAAGAACGGAAAUCCUCUUCUUGAGACGACGAACGCGUUGUCAACGACAGCGUUGAAAAAAUCCGCACCGAUCGUGAACGUUGACCGCGCCACAGAGAUUCGCUUAAAAAAAUUCUAGUAGACGUAUACGCAUGACCCGGGUCACGCAGGGUAAAAUAAUAUUCUCUCCCAUCUACUCGACAAGACAGUGUACAAAUCAACGCACCGGCGUCGAACGUGCUCGUUAGACGAUCCAACCGCGACUGAUUCAUCGAAUAUUUAUAUACGGCGAUGUAUAUAAAUGUAUACAAUACGAUGUGCGAACGAGCGUCGAUAUAAUCCGCGCGUAUAAAUAUUACCGUAAUACAAAUCGCCGCUUUUCGCGAUCGAAGUUUGUGCGUCUUUUAAAUUAAGUUUUAUAACGCUUUCGAUCGUUUUUUAAGGAACAAGAGUAAAAAUCUCUCUACUUGUAAUAAAAAAAUGAUCACUGUUUGUUGGAUACAUAAAAAACAGGUAAAAAUUCAUAGAUAUUAUUAUAUAAUAGACGAAUUGAAAUGGUACAAUGAGAUAAAAAAAAAUUAUCUUCGCGCGCUUCUUAUUCCAAGAUGUUUUUUUAACGUUUUAAUAUUUUAAAGAGGAUUAAUAUGAAACAAAAUAUUCUCGAAUUCAACGAAUUUUAAUAUCGAAUUUUUAAUAUAUUUCUAACAAUAUCGAUCGACACGAGAAACAAGCAUGGAAAAACUUCUUUUUUUAAAAUAUUCGAUAGAAAAUUAUUAUUCGUGCGAAUUUUUAUUAUAUUUCUAACAAUAUCGACGCGAGAAACAAGCAUGAAAAAACUUCUUUUUUUAAAAUA